AUGGCCAAAAAUGAAGAAUACAUAGAAAUGGAAAUAACCUCAUCGCCCUCGAAAAAAGAAUUCGAGUUUCAAAUGUCGUUCGCUAGCGACGAAAAACAAGCCACCGCUUGCUCAGCCGACGAGCUCUUCUUCAAAGGCAAACUCCUCCCUCUCCAAAACCUCCUCCUCCACUCCUCCACCACCACCACCACCGCCGCCGCCGCUUUUAGUAGUAUAACCAAAGAGGCAUUUGAGAAAGACCACAAGUACUCAAUCCCAUUAUUCACUUGCUCAACAGCACCAUGCACCAAAACCACAAACACACCGUUAGAUUCUUGCAACAUUUCUCCGUCACAAUCUUGCCGUGUGAGCUGUGAGCUCAAACCAGACGAUUAUUUCUUUGAAUGGUCAACCGAGUUAAGCAGUUUCAUCAACAACAAUAACCGCUACCCCACAAAGCUGAAGCCUUACUCCUCCAAAAAGCUGAAGCUGAUUAAGCACUCCAUCCUCGUUCAGAAGCUGAAAUCUUCAACAGCUUUUCUCAAAUCUCUCUUUGCGAAGCCCGUAGUUUCCUCACCAAAUUCGUCGAAAGCCGAGGCAAGUUUCAAGAUUGUCAAGAAAAAGCCGAUGGAACUUAUUUCGAGAACUGCUUAUCCAAGAAUAGCUGCUCUCAUUGAUAAAGAGGGGAUCGAGGGUAAUAAUGUCCAAAGAAAGUCGUUUUCCGGAGCGAUAAAACGACAUUCUCCGACCAAGUGCUUGUCUUCGUCUUCAUCGGGCGCUUCAUCGUCUUCUUCCUCGUUUAAUUCGAGCGGUCUUUAUGAAAUGGAAUCUCUGAAGAGGAAUAGCAGCGCCACUGAGAUUGAGGUCUCGAUCGAUGCAGCCAUUGCUCACUGCAAGAAGUCUCUGCAGAUUUUGUAA